AUGGUCAAGCCGUUUGUUGCAUGGUUGUUAGCUAUUCGUUCUUUCCCGGUCAAGGGACUCUCUUUGCCUUAUCUUGUUGCUGAAUAUACAAACAAUGAAACCUUGGGGUCAAAUGCGACCGUGCGUGCUGUACACGAUUUGUUCGCAUCAUGUCCGCUCAAGAUUUACGAUCCUUUCCAUAAAGACAUUGGAGGCACGAUUAAGCUGAAGGACCCGUUAUCGGGUUGCCAAAAGACUCGUUUCCACAUGACAAUAUUGGAGAACGGGGUCAUUACGAUGAACAGCUUCGCUACUGAGGCCGAAUGGUGCCGCUUCAGGUGCCAUCAUUACCUGACGCCGAUGCGGCAUCAAGCCGGACCCUGGACAAAACUCCGGAAAGGGCAGACGAAACCGAUAGUGUGCGACUUUGUCCGCACCGAGUGCUUCGACGCCCGCAACAUCUCCAUCGAGCAGAAUAUCCACAUGAACAUUGCAGAGCACCAAAAUAGGACAUUGCCAUCAAGGGAACCCCCGCAGCCGGGCAACUUGCAACCCGAUAUUCAUGUCAUUGUGUUGGAUUCCGUGUCCUCAACGCAAGCAAGGAGAUCACUGCCCCGGACCCUCAGCUACUUGGAAAAUGAGCUUGAGGCAGUCCGGUUCAAUCAUUUGAACAAAGUCGGAGACAACAGCAUGCCGAAUGGGUUCGCUUUUUUGCUAGGGUGGCGCAUCGUGGAAUCGAUGAGAUCGGUGGUCGGGGCUGAUGACCUGCAACCCGACCAUCCUCUGAAGAAUAUUUGCCAGGAGUAUCGCGACGAUGAUCCCGUCAUUUUCCGCGAAUUCGAAGCGCUAGGCUUUCAACACCCGGAAGCUAAUCAUAUUUUCCGCCCGAUGGUGACUAGUUGGAAGACGGACUACACAUUGAGAGCGACGAUGACGCAGAAAACUUGUUUCGAGAUGCACAUUGCUCAACUCGAUUAUCACAAAAAGUUCUUGCGUGCAUAUAAAGGCAUCCCAAAGUUUGGAUUGACUUGGAUUGGUGCCCUUGUGCACGAUGAUGCAAAUAUGCUCUUCCAUACCGAUGAGCAUUUUGAGGAUUUCUUUAAAUCGAACAGGGACUAUUUGAAGAACUCAUUUGUGUUUUUCAUGGCCGACCACGGGAUGAGAAUCGGAGCGACGGUAACCACCGACCUGGGAAGACGGGAGAUUAACAACCCGAUGUUGCACAUCGUUGUCCCGGAAUGGAUGCGCAAAAACGAUGAGGUGCAACAAAACCUGGCCAGCAAUGCGAAUAUGCUGCUAACGCCCUUUGAUGUGCAUGCGACAUUUUUGGACAUUUUUGAGGAAGUGAAGCGUGGUAACUUUACGAACUUCUCGCCGAAGGAAGUGAUACCGGCCGAAUUCAACGCCAACAACGGCUCAUCGUUGCUGCGACAAUCGCGGCGGUUCGCCGAGCGGAAUUGUCGAAAUAUUCCGACGGAUGCCGGCUAUUGCUUGUGCGAAUAUUCACAAAAGGCGGUGAAUAAACCGGCAUUGGCGGAUGGUAUGGCACAGCUUGGUGUCGACGAAAUUAAUGGGAUUGUGGAGGAAGCCGGCGUCGCAUCUCGAUGCACUACGCUGAAACUGGGAUCCGAGCGCACAUUGAAAGCGUAUGUUCCCGAAACACAUACACGGCUGUACGAAAUCGUUUUUCAGACGCUGCCCGACCACGGCAAAUUUAAGAUGAUGGUGCGAAUCGGUGAAGGCGGCUUGUUACAACGUGUCUCACAAAUAUCUCGCCUGAACGCCUACGGGAACCGCAGAUGCGUCGCCGACUCACACCCGCAAUUGCGAAUCUACUGCCACUGCAAA